AUGGCUGCAACAUCAAUAUCCAAGUUGAUGGUUAUGUACUUUGUGGUGGGAGGAUUUGUUGUAUGCAACCUCCUUUCCAUUCAAUGUAAUGCCAAUACAGAAGCAGAUGCACUGAUAGAUUUGAAGAAGAUGCUGGAUGACCCGCAAAAUGUUUUGGGAAGCUGGGAUCCAUCCCUGGUCAAUCCCUGUACAUGGUUUCAUGUUACCUGUAAUAACGACGACCAUGUAAUCAGGGUGGAUUUGGGAAAUGGUGGCCUUUCUGGUACUCUCUCACCACGGAUCGGUGAUCUUCCCAACUUACAAAUCCUAGAUUUUUCGCGCAACUCAUUGAGCGGAAGCUUGCCACCAAGUUUGGGGAACUUAAAAAAUCUAAAUUUCCUUGAUCUUUCUGACAACAAAUUCAGCGGAAAAAUACCCACCUCACUUGACCAACUCUCCAACCUUCGCCUCCUAAAUGUCUCAAACAACCAACUCAGUGGCCCUGUGCCAACAGGAGGAUCAUUCUCAAGUUUUGGAUAUGAUAGGUAUCUUAUUCAUUUAUUUAAUAUUUCAUUUGGUUGGUUAUUUAAGGCCUUUGCGGUGAUGUUGUGCACAAGCAAUGUUAAAACCUGGAAUGAAUUGGAGGGUAUUGCAGCCAAAGUAAUGGUUGAUAUAGAAAUAAGGUUUUCGCUUACAUUGCAGACAAUCUGA